AUAGGAAUGGCAGAAUUCUCACACCCCAGUUCUCCGUGGAGACGAAACGGCCAUUUUUGUUUGCCUCCGCUCAGAUAUAACCUCCAGUGGACAGUAGUUCAUCAGUAUUCUUUAAUAGCAUCGUCAAAUCCGACGUUUGCCGUUUGGCGUUGGCCUCGAAGAAAGCAACGAGGGGAAUAUCUUUUCCUAAUGCAACGCCUGCUCUUACAUCGAAUUCCGUAAUCUUCCGAACCAACCGCUUCGCAACAUCCGAGCCUUAGGUUUGGACUCACACCAAUUUAGAGCCUUCCAAAAGAUCACACUGCCUGCACCUGUGACUUUCAUAUUUCAAGCAAGAAAAAGCAAAGGCCGGGAAAAAAGCUACUCACUCAAAAAAAAGUAGUGCACCAAAAAGUUCACUCAGCGCUCUCUUGAAUCCAGAGAGAUCUCCUAUUGGCGAUUGCGGCUGCGACGACAUCGGAGAUCGAUUUUUUUACAAUGUCUGAUCACCCCAGCGACCACGAUCCCGCCGUCGAGUCCGUGAUGGAGAAGAUCGCUGACAAGUUUCACGAUCACGAUUCUUCCUCCUCUUCCGAUUCGGACGACGAUAAGGGCAAGAAGUCAUCGCCGGAUUCCGUCAAGGCCAAGAUCUAUCGGCUGUUCGGCAGGGAGAAGCCCGUCCACAAAGUUCUUGGUGGCGGAAAACCUGCUGAUAUUUUCCUGUGGAGGGAUAAGAAGAUUUCUGCCGGCGUUCUUGGUUUUGCAACUGCAGUUUGGGUGCUUUUUGAACUGCUUGAGUACCACUUGCUUACACUUGUAUGCCAUAUUCUGAUGCUUGCUCUGGGAGUCUUGUUUCUCUGGUCAAAUGCUUCAACUUUUAUUAACAAGGCUCCACCUCAAUUUCCAGAAGUUAUUCUUCCUGAAGACAUUGUGUUGGGUGUAGCUUCUGCCUUUAGGAUUGAAAUCAACAGAGCACUUGCAAUUCUUCGCGAAAUUGCUUCUGGGAGAGAACUAAAGAAAUUCCUUGCAGUUAUUGCUGUACUGUGGAUCUUCUCCAUUUUAGGCAGUUGCUGCAAUUUCUUGACCUUGUUUUAUAUCAGUAAGUAUCUUUUGAAUUUUUUAAAUACAUUUAUUAUUUGCUUGCUUUUUGUUGUAACCCUUUGGCAUUUCUCCUCUUCCCAAAUGCAGCUUUUGUUUUGUUGCACACGUUGCCUCUCCUAUAUGAGAAAUAUGAGGAUCAAGUUGAUUCCUUUGCUGAGAAAGCGGAAGCAGAAAUCAAGAAGCAGUAUGCUGUAUUCAAUGCCAAGGUUUUGACCAAAAUUCCGAGGGGACCUUUGAAGGACAAAAAGCUGCUCUAAAGAGUUUUUAAGGUGGUAUUUGUGGACCUUUAAGCGUUUUUUAUGAUUGUUGUGGGGAGUGGAGAGUUCCUAAAUGUUUAGAGAGCAGUAAUCACCUGCUUUAGUUUUUGUGCUCUUUUUGGGGUUCAUAGUUUUAAAGAAUAUGGUUUUUGUGGUGGUUGAGUUUAAAUUUUGUUUUUGGCUCAACAACUUAGUGGUGGUGUUACAUGGAACGUUUGACAUCCUUGCCGAGAGUAAAUUAUUACAUGAAAUGAUUCCCCGGUUUAGCUUGUGUUUUUUGCACUUUCUGUUCCACUAUAGGUUUUUGUAAUGCCUCCCUAAACCAAAAAUUAUCAUGUAUUAGUAGGCAGCUUUAACUUGCAGCAAAUUGCUGGGGCAAAUCUUAGAUGAAAAUUUUAAAAACACAGGCGUCUGCCAGACUUAAGUUUGGGAUCCAUAGAGAUGUAAACUGUUCAAAUCGACAUGCUCAAAGAAAUGGCACUGUUGCA